UCGCAUGAAAAAAAAUCCCAGCUUUCUCUCUCUACUCAACUCAAACUCAUUUUCUCUCUCCAUUUGAAAAAGAAAUUCUUCAAAUUCUGAAGCUUUUCGUCCGUAUCCAUAAAUAUUCUUCCACACUACCGUUCUCCUCUAACACCAAACAAAGGCAACGCAAUUAUUGAGCAAUAUCGGCCAUUUCUAGGAUUUGAAAUUUCGCCCCUCCCUUUUUGAUCGAUGUCGUUAAGGCCGAACGCCAGGACGGAGGUCCGCCGGAGCCGCUAUAAGGUGGCGGUCGACGCGGAGGAGGGACGCAGGAGGCGGGAGGACAACAUGGUGGAGAUCCGGAAGAAUAGAAGAGAGGAGAAUUUGCUCAAAAAGCGGCGGGAAGGGCUUCAACCUCAGCAGCUACCCUCUGCAGUCAACGUUCCGCAGCUUGAUAAGAAGCUUGAAAGUCUUCCAGCAUUGAUUGAUGGUGUUUGGUCUGACGAUGGUCCGCGGCAACUGGAGUCCACAACUCAGUUCCGGAAACUUCUUUCAAUUGAGCGAAAUCCGCCGAUUGAGGAAGUAAUACAGUCCGGAGUUGUUCCUAGGUUUGUAGAGUUUCUUGCAAGGGACGAUUAUCCGCAACUUCAGUUUGAGGCAGCAUGGGCCCUCACAAACAUUGCCUCUGGAACAUCUGAUAACACCAAGGUUGUGAUUGAUCAUGGCGCUGUCCCAAUAUUUGUGAAACUUCUUACUUCUCCAAGUGAUGAUGUUCGCGAACAGGCAGUCUGGGCUUUAGGAAACGUUGCAGGUGACUCACCAAAAUGUCGUGAUCUGGUUCUUGGUUAUGGGGCUUUAAUGCCGUUGUUGUCACAAUUUAGUGACCAAUUGAAACUAUCCAUGUUGAGAAAUGCAACAUGGACUCUGUCAAACUUUUGUAGGGGAAAGCCACAGCCUCCGUUUGAACAGGUGAAGCCCGCCCUCCUUGCUCUUACUCUUCUUAUUCAUAUGAAUGAUGAAGAGGUCCUAACAGAUGCAUGCUGGGCGCUUUCAUAUCUAUCUGAUGGUGUUAAUGAGAAAAUCCAAGCUGUGAUUGACGCUGAUGUUUGUCCUCGUCUUAUUGAGCUUUUACUACACCCAUCACCAUCUGUUUUGAUACCUGCCCUGCGCACUGUAGGAAAUAUUGUGACUGGUGAUGAUGUCCAGACUCAGGUCAUCAUUGAAAAGGGGGCUCUUCCUUGCCUGCUUAACUUGUUGACACAAAAUUAUAAGAAAAGUAUCAAGAAAGAAGCUUGUUGGACCAUCUCAAACAUAACAGCAGGAAAUAAGGACCAGAUCCAGGCUGUGAUUGCUGCUGGUAUUUUCUCUCCUCUCCUUGCUCUGCUUCAAAGUGCUGAAUUUGAGAUAAAGAAAGAGGCUGCCUGGGCUAUUUCAAAUGCCACUUCUGGUGGAACUCCAGACCAGAUCAAGUUUUUGGUUGGUGAGGGAUGUAUAAAGCCGAUGUGCGACCUUCUUAUUUGUCCCGAUCCACGCAUUGUCACAGUCUGCUUGGAAGGCCUUGAGAACAUUCUUAAGGUUGGAGAAGCUGAGAAGAGCCAAGGUAACACCGGAGAUGUGAAUGUCUAUGCUCAAAUGAUUGAUGACGCAGAAGGUCUAGAGAUGAUUGAAAAUCUCCAAAGUCAUGACAACAAUGAAAUCUAUGAGAAGUCUGUGAAGAUUCUUGAAACAUAUUGGUUGGAAGACGAUGAUGAACAGGUCAUGUCUGGAGAUGCUACACAACAAUCUGGCUUUAACUUUGGAGGCGGUGACCUACCUGUUCCAACAGGGGGCUUUCAGUUCAGUUGAAGGAAGCUCAUGAGGAACUUGAAUGGAUGUCCAAUGGAUCUGGCUGGUUGAGUUUUGUCUGGAGUCUGGUCGGCUGUCGGUCUCUUAUGUUUUUAACUUAUCGUAAUGCCAGUUGUGGAUAUGAGAGAUGGCGUCCAAGGUGUAGUAUUCCCUGAAGGUGGUUGGAUACUAGAAAGAGGGAUUGUCUGGUGGCGCCAAGACGGCUAUCUCACAUGUUUUUGUUUGCAGUGAACCAUAUUUGCAAAAUCUUUUUUCUUAUCAUACCUUUUUCUGCAAUGGUAGCAUGAAUAUCAUGUAGUACUAUAUUAUAUGGAAAACAUCUUCCAUGCUCGCCAGAGUAUAUAAAGUUGAAGUUGAGUCGUUUUUAUGUGAUUGUCCUGUAGUUGCUUUUUUCUUUUUGGAUUUUGGUAAAUACAAUGAAAUCUUGUGCACA